AUGCGGUCCGGCUUCGAUAAACCUGGCGCUCUCCCACUUCUCAUCCUAAUUUUGUUCUCGCUGCUCACAUUGGUGCCCUCACUACCGAACCUCUACCACUCCAAGUUUGCGGACUUUAGCUUCUAUACCGGCGCAGCUGGACAGGUCCCUCUCCUUCAAGAUAGUGUCACCGAGUUAGCACCGAAAGCCCACCCUCUCCUCGAACCUCGCAAACCAUGGGUUCUUUCGGCGUCACACCGAUCGCGAGGCAAUCGCUCACCGAUUACCGCACGCAUUGGAAAUGCCGCCGUGGUCCCGGCCAGCGAAACGACCGCUGUCGCAAAUAGGAGUCGGCUCUCAUCGCUGACCCGCGAAUCCUCAUUUUCAUUCGCCCGCAGAGCCCGCGCAUUCAGAACCUAUUUCAUUCAGCAGUUCGACGACUACCCAUUCCUCACCUCAUUCUCAAAUCGCAGCCUUGCAGGCUCCACGCAUUCAUAUCCUACCAUGACCAUGAACGACUCUCUCCCAACCUCCGACAACAAGUCUUCUUCCAGCAUGCCACCCUCUAAUCAUCCCUCCGACGGCACUCAGAAAUCAUUGCUGCCCUUCUCUGUCUCCCUCCGCGAUAUGUGUCAGCAGGCCUACCACGUCGCCCUGGAUUUUGGAAAACGCGUCGGACUCCACGGAGCAAGUUAUGUGAAAUCGAUCUUCCUCUCGGAGCAGAUCACAGCGGCUCCUACAACAUUAAUACCCCACUCCACAAUUCCCAAUGACGCCUCAAAUGAAGACCCAUUCAUCCCAUCCGAGCCAGCACCGCCCCAACAGAAAGUUGGCGCUGAGGAUUCCGCCGAUGCUGCCGCUGGUCGGCACUCGCGGGAACUUCAUGGAAGCUGUAUGGCUGUUGUGAUUGGUCUUGUUGCGUGCAUCAUGUGGUUCUAG